CUUUCUCUCUCUCUCUCUCUCUCUCUCUCUAUAUAUAUAUAUAUAUCUCUCGUCUCCGGCGACCCUUUUUUACUCUGGUCAAUUACCCGCCGGAAAUCGUAAAUUCUUGAUUGUACUCACAGCUUCCUUGAUUGUACCUUCUCUCACCGAUCUUGUACUUUAUAUUAGUCAUCAUGAAUCCAGAAUACGACUAUCUUUUCAAGCUUUUGCUUAUUGGAGAUUCGGGUGUUGGCAAAUCAUGUCUCCUUUUGAGAUUUGCUGAUGAUUCAUAUCUUGAGAGUUACAUUAGCACCAUUGGUGUGGACUUUAAAAUCCGCACAGUUGAACAGGAUGGGAAAACCAUUAAACUUCAAAUUUGGGAUACUGCUGGUCAAGAACGUUUUCGGACAAUUACCAGCAGUUACUAUCGCGGUGCACACGGCAUAAUUGUGGUUUAUGAUGUAACCGACCAAGAGAGCUUCAACAAUGUCAAGCAAUGGUUGAGUGAAAUAGAUCGAUAUGCAAGUGAUAAUGUGAACAAACUUCUUGUUGGAAACAAGUGCGAUCUCACAGCACAGAAGGUAGUUUCCACAGAGACAGCUCAGGCUUUUGCUGAUGAGAUUGGCAUUCCUUUCAUGGAAACAAGUGCAAAAAGUGCCACUAAUGUAGAACAGGCUUUCAUGGCUAUGGCUGCUUCAAUCAAGAACAGAAUGGCAAGCCAACCGGCAUCAAACAAUGCACGACCCCCAACUGUGCAGAUCCGUGGACAACCCGUCAACCAGAAGAGCGGUUGCUGUUCAUCUUGAAAGGAUGAAGCUCUGUUGCCUUGAUGAUGAUUCUGAUGUGGCAUGUAAAAUUAGUUUCUCUUACUGGCUUGAUAGGAAGACUGUUCACUGUUGUCACUUUUCACUUUCUUUCACACAUGUAAAACACUCAAUUCUUUGCAAUGUAUUUGGAUAACCGAUUUGUAGAAAAUCUAGGAAUAUUGGUGAAUACUAGCAUUUGCUUUCUAUUCUUUGGACGUUCAUCAAAAUGAUUUGAUCUGCAAUGUGGAAGUUCAGCUAUUAGAGCGUUACUAUGCU